UAUUAUGAUAUAUACAAAAUUAAUCGAUUUUGGAGAUUUUCAUUCAAAAAGCGAAUUAAUAUUAUUUCUCGGGACUUUCCUGUUAUUCUCUCACCUAAUAUAUUUUUAUUCUAAACACAAAACUUAAUUAGUAAGCCGUUAAUAGUUGAAAUGUGAAAAAUAUUUGUUUCUUAUUGGGAAAUAUUACGUGUACACUGCAUCAGAAUACGGGUUAAAAAAUGACAAUCGACUCAGUUGUCUAAGCAAUAAAUUGCUGUGCAAAUAUGCCGAGAAGUACUGCCAAAUCCAAACAAAAUGUUAAUGGAAACUCUUCAAAGACAAAAAGAAUUGAACAGCCUAAAGCUAAUAUGGCUCCCAAACCGAUGGUUACACCAAGAAAAAGGACUACUGUCAAAAGGGAACCUGAAUCUACAUUGGAAUCGAAUACGGAACAAGUAUCACACAGAAAGUCCGAAAGGCGGAGAGUCGCGAGAGAUAUAUUUUUAGUUUUUGAAGAACAGCCUAGUACACGGCGAACUACUAGGGGCUCAAACAAGAAAGUGCCGAAACCAAAGUUUGGUCACCUCAGAGUAGAAGAUCCUAUAAAGCCGAAAAAUUUGCUACGAGAUAUAAAGAAUGAACCCAAAUGCUAUUUGGGAAGUGGUGAGCCUAUUAAUCUUAAUUUGGAGAAAAAUUCCAAAACGAGAAUUAUCAACAAUUGUCCAAAUAUAUGGUCGUCAUCUACGUGUACAUCUCAGACUCCAGAUUAUUCUAAGAUUGUCAGCAGUGAAAUUACCAAUGUAUCCACCAAGCAAACACAAGUAUCAAUUGGAGAUGUUUUUCAUGUCGCAAAAGUGAACCCCAUAUUUUUAUGGGCUAAACAAGACAAUACGCGUAUAAUUGAAGUCCGCUGCGAAGAUUAUGACAAAAGGAACCGUAUUCGCAUAACAAAGACAUCGAACGGAUGGCGUGCAAUGCCACGGUCAGACCCAACGACUUCAAAAGUCCUAAAACUUUAUUCUACGCCUCUUUUAAAAGUGAAAAGAGAGAAUGCAAAUCCUUUACUAAGUCAUCUAUCACAAACGGCAAAUGUUUGCAAUGUGGCUGCUGACAAGAAACCUGUGCUCGAAUCGGAAAUAACUAAAGACGUUUUUUCUGAACCAACUAAUGUCGAAGUUCAGACAAAUGGAAUUGAUGAAAAAACUAAGCCUCUUUCAAAAAAGUAUAAAAAGAAUAAAUCAAACAAACGUAAGAAGCAAAACUCAUGUAAGAAAACUGCAAUAAAAAUAAAUGUUGAAUGUAUAGAAGAUUCGGGUUUGCCCAAUUGUGAUUCUCUUGUCAGCACUUCAACCAUGGGCGCAUGUAUUGUUUAUGGUGAUACAGUGAACUGUGCUGUCCAAAAUGGCAACAGCACUAUUGUGUCCAAUAUAGUUGAUGAUGCUGUUCACAUUACUAAUGGCUUAAAAAACCGUGAAUCGCCGAGUUCUAGAAAUUGUACUGGCGACAUAUUGGGUGCUACAUAUCAAAACUCUUCUGAAGACGAUGGUUCAUUCCAUCUGUGUCCAAAAACAGGUCUGUUCCUUAGAAGUGUUCAUAAUGCUGAUCAAGAUAGUGAUGUGGAAUUAAUGGAAUAUAGUAUAAAUAAGAAUCCACAUUUAGAUGAAAAGAUUAAUGCUUUAGAUACAAAGCAAAAUUCUGUUGAUGAAAACAAUGAAAGCUUAGAAGCCAAAACUAGAAAUCUAAAGGAUUUAUUGGACGACGCCGACUUGUUCCAACACUGUGAUGAUAAUGCUAACAGUGACGCAGAUUUAAUAGAUACCCUCGUGAAGUCAAGUUGUGAACACAAUCUUAUUCAAGACAAUGUGACCAGUGCCAAGAACACUGAAGACAUUUUACAAAAUAAAGAUAUGUCAUCAGCUGAGUUGGUUAAUGAACCACCCAAAUGUCUUUCAUUUAACGAAGCAGGUGAAAUUGAAGCUUUGAACUGUGAACUAUUUCAUCCAAAUGAGUUCAUGGAUACAUUUGAAAAACAAGCAUGUACUACAGUAACUGAUGACGAACUGGGCCCCAAUAAUGUAUCUGUAGACCUGCAACCGAUAAUUUUACAUAAUAACACAACUAUGGAAAAUGCCUCAAAUUUAUAUAACGUUGAAAAUAAUAAAAAUAAUCAUAUUAUUAUCACUGAAGAAGCUCCAAAAGAUCUUAGUUACAAAAAAAGGGAGGAAGUUUGCCCCCCCUCAGAAUCUCGAAGUCAGUGUGCGGUUACAUCAAGUUCAGAUAUAGUCAAGUCGCCUAAUAUGGAUGAUUCAUCUGUUCUAGCGUCUUCUUCCGAAACAAUUAAGAAUCUUAUUUUAGAGCAGUUUAUAAAGCUAAACACCCUCUCAGGCCAUUCAAAAUCUCAAAUUGAAGACGAUAAGCCUAUAGAAAUUGAACAUUUGAAUUCCAUAUACUCGAAAUGCGUUGCACCUUCGAAUCUGAUAGAAACAGUAAUUAUAGACGACGAAGAUAGCACUCAUGAAAAUACAGAUGCCGAGCCACUGAAAAAAAGACUUCGUUCUAAUGUAACAACUGCACAAAAACUCGCCACCGAUGAAUAUAAUGUCAAAUCUAAUAUGGCAAUAAUUGAUAAAGACCCCGACCCGCUAACGCAACUACGCCUUCUUAUACGCAACUCCCAGUGGAAGGUCCCUGAUCCAAUUCUAGUUCCCAAAGACCGCUUAAGUGCAGUUUUGGCAUCACCUGCCCGGGAAAUUCCUCUUUUAAUAACAACCAGGCCCGAACUUCGACUUCCAGAAGCAUUCGCCUAUCCAGAAAUAAUUCAAAACCCAAAUAUUCUUGUUAUAUCAAUGGCUCAGUUAGAAGCAAUUCUUAAGAAUGAAAUGGAAGUCGAGAAACCCAAAAUAAAGGAUAUGGGCCUAAACAAAUCGUCUUCAAGUUUAAGACUGAACACUGGCAACAAAUUAAAGUGCGGUCAUGAAAGUCGUCAGACUGGAAACACAUGUGAAAUGCCCGAGCAGUAUUGCACGAACGAAGAAUUACUACCCAAACCAACAUUCAUUAAUACGUCAACAGCCAAGGAAGAAACUGUAAAACUCUCACAUAUCGAAAAUAAUCUGUCUUCCAACCUAAAUGCAACAACAAUGGCAGUUCUUAAUCAAAUGUUGUGGCUACCUUACUUUGGACAAAUUUCUCAAGAAAUUAUUAAAACGGUAAAAGCUCCAAACAGUACAUCUUCAAAUAAUUCUUUGCUACCUCCUAAUGUAAGCAGUUUGCAAUCAAAUCAAUUGCCAACAAAUAUAUCCACCGAUAAUAAAACAUUAGGUGGAAUUUUUGCAAAUACGGCAUUGAAAUCUGUUCUUAAACCGGGACAAACUGAAGAGCUAACACUUUUCCAAAAGAUUCUGCAGCACCAAAUGCAAAAUGUUCUUAACUUAAGUCAUUUAAAAGACAACGUAUUAGACAAGACAUCAGACAAAGGUACUGCUCUUCCAACAAAUACUAACCAAAGUGUUCUUAUAGAACCUACUAAAAACAAAGUACCAAGUGUUGAAAAUCCGAAAGCCAAAAACAUUUUAUCCACAAAUAACAUGGAAGUCGCACAAAGUAGUAGUGUAGAUGGAUUGGGGAAAACUUAUAAUUUACGUAGUUCCUCCACAUUUCGCCAAGGAUCUGACUACAGUCUACACCCCAAUAGCAAACGACCAAAUACGGAAAAUAAACCAAGGCUUACAUGCAAAUCAUUAUCAAACCUUCUGGAUCCAGAACAUCAUCAAACACACAAUACCUCAUUGUCCACUAUACAAACACGAAAUGUCUCAAACAUAGACACUGAAUACCAAAAAACAAAGGGCGGUGCUAAAGACAUAUCUGUAGAAAAUUACAUAGUUGGAGGUAUCAAUAUGGACGCUUCCCCACUAACUUCCUCAAUUAGACAGCAACGGAACACAAGGAACUUUGAUGCAGUAAGCGAAUUUGCCAAGCAUAAACCAACAAAGACCUCCGACAAUAUUACCUUUGAAAAUGGCGCGAAACCCGGAGAACCAAUGGUAUCUAAUGAGUCUAAUAUUCCAUUGUGGCAUCCUUUAUUUGGAAGUAAUUCGAAAUCGGCCUACAGUAGUCCUUGGCAAUGGACAACAGUCACAGCUGCGGGCGAAUGACAUCUGGGGGCUCUUAAAGAGCCCGACGUGCAAGAAGCUGAUAGUAAUUCUGCAAAGAAGAGCGCAAACCAAAACAACUGCGGAAAUGUUAACAGUACCAUAUUUGCCAAUAACACCAGCACACACAUUAAUGCCAGCCUAACGAACAAUUCAGCUUUAAAGGGUACCAGCAGCCGAUACGAAUAUCGAACUUAUCAGCAAAAUUCCGCGUGCUAUACACUAGAAAGUGCUUUGCAGCAACAUCAGACAAAUACACCAAGAAAAGAGGUUAGUCAAACAUAUAAUGUUUGUAAGGAUGAUGCGAGAACAUGCAUAGAUUACUCAAAUCUUUGGCAUCAUCAGCAACAUCAUCAACAACAAUAUAGUCCACAUAACUGGACUUCUGUAAUAGGUAAUAGUCGUGCCUAUUCCAAUAAUGCAUCAAAGUAUGCAUGCACAAAUCGACUGCCAACGUUUCAAAAUCCACGACAAAUAUACAUGCAGUUUAAUCCAUACAUAACACAGAGAGCAAUUAUUGCAUCACAGAAUCAUCAGCUGCCUCAUCGUAAUCCGGAGUCAAGUGAUAAUCAAACGAAUAGUCGUCUUAAUGAGUAUGAGUAUGCGCAACGCUAGCACUUCCAGACACCUGUUACAUCAGACUAUGAACCGCAUUAACCUUUAACAUUUAGUCGUGUAUGGUCCCUCAGUGUCCUUUUAAGAACAUCAAUAUUGUUACGAUACAUAAAUGUUCAUACUUUUAUAUAAAACACAUAUAAAGCGAUAUAAAUUACUUCAUUAAAUCAAUAAAAAAUAUUUAUGUGAAUUUGAUUAGAAAAUUUGUUACGAGUAUAUGUAGAUUGUUGCGCACUAAUAUUGUUAAUCUUUAAUCUGUAUAUCUAUUUUUUUUAUUUAUUUAUUUUAUUUUUCUACAUAUACGUAUCAUAUUACAUUAGAAAUCACUGAUUAUUAUGUAUAUAUUGUAUUUUACGUGGAAACCUUUAGUUAUUAUUUGCAUUAUUAGAUUCUAUUAUUAAUGCAUUGUUUUACAAUAAAAACAAAACACGGUGAUCUUAAAUCAAUAUUUCAUUCCACAAAAUAAUUU